AAAAAAAUAAUGACGAAUUAUCGAAAACAACGAUAAGUACUUCACCUUUUUCGAGAAAAUUAUUCACAAUUGUGACUCAUUUAUUACGUAUUAUUAAAGAAUAGUGAAGUAAAAAGUGUACUUGAUCAAAGUUACAGUGAUAUUAUUAUUAUUUCAAUUACUAACCAGACAAUAUGGCCAAAUCAAGCUCUUAUUCCGAUGAUCAACUUGCUGAAAUGCAAGAAACCUUCCAACUGUUUGAUAACAGAGGUGAUAAUAAAAUACAUAUUUCCCAAAUCGGUGACGCUUUGAGAGCUUUAGGUCAGAAUCCUACCGAAUCUGAUGUAAAGAAGUUCACUCAUCAGCAUAAACCAGAUGAACGUAUAAGUUUCGAUGUAUUCUUGCCUAUUUAUCAAGCUAUCUCGAAAGGCAGAAGUUCCGAUACAGCCGAUGAUUUUAUCGAAGGUUUACGUCAUUUUGACAAGGAUGGUAACGGUUUCAUAUCUUCGGCUGAAUUGAGACAUUUACUCACAACUUUGGGCGAAAAAUUGACUGACGAAGAAGUUGAACAGUUACUUGCUGGACAAGAAGACUCUCAAGGAAAUGUCAAUUACGAAGAAUUCGUUCGUCUAAUCAUGUGUGGUUAAUGUUUCAAUCAUUCAUAUCAAAACGAUUUCGUAUUCCAGUACUUACUACGUUAGGUUUUUCGUUUGGAGUAUUUCAUAAUGAAACCGUUCCAUUUGUUUAAGAAGUAAAAAAAUACCGUUUUAAGCACAUGUAAUAUUUCAUGUUAAUUUAUUACUUAGUUUAAUGGUCAAUCAUUUUUAUAUUAUUUAUUUUUGUAUCGUGUUGAAUCUAACAAAAUAUGAGAGCUAUUUAAAAUCGUG